AUGGCGUCCAUUACCGAAACUCCCGCCGACGGAACAGGUGUCCUUAAGCUUGACCCGUGGCUGGAACCUCAUCGCGAUGUGCUGAAGCAUCGCUACAGUUUGGUGGAGAAAUGGGCCAAGUCCAUCAACGAGUCGGAGGGUGGCCUGGACAAGUUUAGCAAGGGCUAUGAAAUCUUCGGUCUCAAUGCGCAGCCAAAUGGCGACAUCAAAUACCGGGAAUGGGCGCCCAAUGCAGUGGAGGCGUCGCUGGUCGGUGAUUUCAACAACUGGGAUAACAAAGCCAACCCCAUGACGAAGAACAGCUUUGGCGUGUGGGAAGUGACCGUGCCCGCUGUGCAGGGCACUCCGGCGAUUCCCCACGACAGCAAGAUCAAGAUCACCAUGGUUCUCCCCGGCGGCGAGCGCAUCUAUCGCAUCCCAGCAUGGAUCAAACGGGUCGUGCAGGACCUCGACGUCUCUCCCGACUACGACGCCGUCUUCUGGAACCCACCUGCCAGCGAGAGAUACACCUUCAAGCACCCGCGGCCCAAGAAGCCCGAGAGUCUGCGUAUCUACGAGGCCCACGUCGGUAUCUCGUCGCCCGAAACGCGGGUCGCGACAUACAAGGAGUUCACCAAGAACAUGCUACCGCGUAUCAAAUACCUUGGCUACAACGCUAUCCAAUUGAUGGCCAUCAUGGAGCAUGCCUACUAUGCCAGCUUCGGGUACCAAGUGAACAACUUCUUCGCGGCGAGCAGUCGCUACGGGUCCCCCGAGGAUCUGAAGGAGCUGAUUGAUACUGCGCAUAGUAUGGGCUUGGUGGUGCUGCUAGAUGUGGUGCACAGCCAUGCGUCAAAGAACGUGCUCGAUGGUCUGAACAUGUUCGAUGGAUCUGACCAUCUCUAUUUCCACGAGGGUGGAAAGGGUCGACAUGAGCUGUGGGAUAGUCGCUUGUUCAACUAUGGGCAUCACGAAGUCUUGCGGUUCCUUCUGAGUAACCUGCGUUUCUGGAUGGAAGAGUACCAGUUUGAUGGAUUCCGGUUUGACGGUGUCACUAGCAUGCUCUAUACACACCACGGUAUUGGAACAGGCUUCUCUGGUGGCUAUCACGAGUACUUUGGCCCUGCGGUUGACGAGGAGGGCAUCACUUACCUGGCCCUCGCCAAUACAAUGCUCCACGAACUCUAUCCCGAGUGUAUCACCGUUGCGGAAGAUGUCUCCGGCAUGCCCGCAUUAUGCCUCCCGCACUCCCUUGGAGGCGUCGGCUUCGACUACCGACUCGCCAUGGCCGUGCCCGACAUGUAUAUCAAGCUGCUGAAAGAAAAGUCCGACAACGAGUGGGAUAUUGGCAAUCUUGCUUUCACAUUAACCAACCGCCGCCACGGCGAGAAGACCAUUGCCUAUGCCGAGAGCCACGACCAAGCACUGGUCGGCGACAAAACCCUUAUGAUGUGGCUCUGCGACAAAGAAAUGUACACCCACAUGUCAGUCCUCACGGACUUCACCCCCAUCAUCGAGCGCGGCAUGGCCCUCCACAAAAUGGUCCGGCUAGUAACCCACGGCCUCGGCGGCGAAGGCUACCUCAACUUCGAAGGCAACGAAUUCGGCCACCCAGAAUGGCUCGACUUCCCACGCGAAGGAAACGGCAAUUCCUUCUGGUACGCCCGGCGCCAACUCAACCUAACCGAAGACCCCCUCCUCCGGUACAAGUUCCUGAACGAAUUCGACCGGGCCAUGCAGCUCACCGAGGCCAAGUAUGGCUGGCUGCAUGCACCGCAGGCGUACGUUAGCUUGAAGAAUGAGAGCGACAAGAUUCUCGUCUUUGAGAGGGCGGGGUUGUUGUGGAUUUUCAAUUUCAAUCCUACGGAUAGUUUCACUGAUUAUCGGGUUGGCGUGGAUGUGCCGGGGACGUAUCGGAUUGUGCUUGAUUCGGAUGAUCAGGCGUUUGGUGGGUUGGGGAGGAACGUUAAGGAGACGAGGUUCUUUACGACGGAUAUGCCGUGGAAUGGGCGGGCGAAUUUCACGCAAGUUUAUAUUCCUACGAGGACUGCUCUGGUUCUUGCCUUGGAAGAGACUCUGUGA